GGGCUGAUCCACUGGCAGCCGCCUCCUCCCGAGUGGGUUUGCCUCAACUCUGACGGCUCCGUUCUCCCUUCAUCAGGCCAUGUUGCAGCUGGUGGUCUGAUUCGUGAUCACUUAGGACGUUGCUUAGCAGCGUUCGCUAUUAACCUGGGCACCUGCUCUAUAACCCAGGCUGAGUUGAGAGGCGCUGUUGAAGGCUUACAGGUGGCUUGGGAUGCAGGUCUUCGCCGAGUACUGGUUCAACUGGAUUCCCAGUGUGCGGUGCAGCUGCUGCAAGGCGAGACAUCCGAUGACCAUCCUUGUAUGACUAUCAGGGGGUUUCCAUACCCCGGUUGGUUUUGA